GUCUUGAACUGGGAUGCCACAGUUCUGCAUGUUGGCCACACGUUUUCAAUGCCUGCGUUGCAGUUUCCACUCUGGAGCAUUCAUUGUUCAGCAAAACUGGGUCUACCCAGUUGCUUAUGGUCGCGCAGAAUACCCAAAACAAUAUCGUUACAUCCACCACCCGAUCGGAUUCUCAAGAGAGACUGCAUAUGAGUUUCAAUAUUGGCAACGACGAAGAAACUUGUGUGGACGUCUACAGCUUUCUGCAAAGCUCUUCCCACUUUUCUGCCGAUCAGUCCUCCUUCAAUGACACCAGCAUAGCGGAUAUAGUGGAGAAAAGCGGGGCAAAUAACGCCCAGGGACAAGGGAUCCUGAAGGGGGUGUAUGCAGCAAAAGUAUGCUGUGUAUUAUCUCAGAAAUCGGACGAACUCUUUCAUGGAGCUGCCUUGCGCUUAUCCUUGCCAGGACUGUGUAGUUUCCUGACGGAAUUGUGUAAAGCGUCACAUAUACAGCUAUUUCGAACCUUCGUAAGAGUUUGGUGCUUCCGUCAGAGGUUGAGUCAUGUUUGAAGNAAAUGGUGGAAGAGAGAACUCGAGAUCCAGCAAAAGCCUCCAGCUACGCUACUCCUCCACCGAAUAGGAGAAGUCACGCUGAAAUGCAUAAAAUCUGGACGACCCCUCAUACACAUCAUGAAAUGUUGGUCGAUUGUGGGGCCGCAUUUCAUGCAAGCGGCCUGCCACAAAGACAGAACCAUCUCGAAGAAAGCCGUUACUUGUAUCCACGACGCUGUGACUGCUCUGUUGAACGAACAAGCAGAACUGCCACAUUUUCAUUUCAAUGAGGCCCUCAUCAAACCCUUUGAGAAUCUGCUCUGCUUGGAACUUUGUGACACAGACGUUCAGGAUCAAAUCGUAGCAUGCCUAUGCGAGUUCGUGGAAGCAAACAGAACCGAGAUCUGCUCUGGUUGGCGACCUCUCUUUGGCACUCUCCGAGUAGCUAAUGCCAGAAACAACGCUGCUGCUAUCCUGGACGUGUUCAAGAUCUUCCUUUCAACCGACAACACUCUGGUCUUCGCAAACGCCGCGCUGGACUACAUUUUAUGUCUACUGUCCCACAUCAAAAAUGCUAAUACGGACGACUCUUUGAUCGAUACCAUUCAAUCUGCGAGUUCCACCAGCGAGAAGAAGUCCCACAUUUUCCUGGAGAAAGACUCCGAGUUCCCCUCAAAGUUAGCUCUGGGCCCUGUGGACGUAUGCAUUGUGUCCCUGAAGCUGCUUCAAAACUGCGCAGCAAUUCUAGCAAUGAUAUAUAACAUGCCGAAGUGUCCAACUUUCAAUCUAACUCACAGGAUGAACAUCGACACCAAUCCACAACUUGUGGAUACAGUUCUCCAGAACUCUGAGAUAAACAACUUCAGUCAAACGAACCUGAACCAGAUCAGUUACGACAUCCUGUCUACCCAAAACGACUUUGAGUAUUGUGAGAAGGAGAAAAAAACUCUCAGUCACAUGGACAAGCAAUGCAACGUUUUGAAAAUCUACUACAUUCUCUUGGAAGGUCUAGCUUCUGCUUCGAUAUUGUCGGCCCCGAAAAACCAGCCUUUCAUAGUCGAUACCUUAUUCAAGCUGUUGAGAGAUUUGAUAUCGAACCCUGGUAUCGAUUUCGGAUUCUACUGCAUCAAUCAUAUACUGCUGCCAAUGGUUCAGAACUGGUUGCGGCAGAACGUGAAAGUCCAGAAGCCUGGAGAGGUGUGGCAGAACUUCAAGCACUGCUGCGGACUGGCCAGCGAGCUUGUUGUUGAUUUUUUGUACUAUUUACAAGAAACAGCAUCAAGCUCGGAUCGUGAUCACCCUGGAGCAACUCUUGCCUUGAAGCAGAUUCUCCUGAUUCUGAUAGAGUGCACAGCUCAGCCAUUUGAGAACAUUGCGAGGCUUGGCACCUCAUGCAUACGUCACCUUAUACUCACUGCUGGAAAAGUUCUGACUGUGUACCAAUGGGAAAUUUUAGUAGUGGGAAUUCACAGAGCAUCGACGAUAAGCCUCAAUCCACUGUAUCAGCUCUCAUUGGCGUUCAAAGAGAACUCUGAUAGCUUCUAUGGGGAUAUGGCAACGGUGAAGGUAGCCGCCAGAAAAGACACCACGGUUGCUGAAAACGAGAGAUUGUACGACUUGGCACAGCAGGUGUUUCUGAUGCAGACCCAACGACACUGCAGCAAGUGUCAGGGUAAAACAUGCGAGUGCGAGGUUAGCAAAACAAUCACUAUUGACGACAGAAGCUACGUUUUCCUGCUGUACCCCUACAACUCUGGCACAAUACUGAAUCCAGACCUGUACACUAUCAGAGUUCCCUUCAAAAGCCUCAUAGUGGGCAUCUUGGCGCACCAGAUGUUGAUCCAAACGAUUUCCAGUGCGCUGCUUCAAAAUCUGAACCACAUAACCCCAAUUCUGAACAUCCUCCAAAUAAGUUCUUGCAGCUUGCGUGGAAUUCUAACCAAAGUCAACGCGAAACACGUCGAUAUUCUGCUGAAAUGUCUAGAAAUAUCAAACAUCAGAUCCAGAGAGUUUGAUGUCAGACCUGGCUUGAAAUUCCUGACACAAAAAGUGGGAAACUUGAAGAAGGCUGCCAAUCUUUACACUCAAGCCAAUACCUCAGAAGUUGUGCAAAUAAUAGUGCUGAUAGAGCUCUGCUUAGACGGGAUUGAGAAGUACUCUAUCGAUCCAAGGAACCUCAAAGAAAUCUUGGCGAGAGAGGAAAAGAGCAAGUGCUCCACUGAUUUGGAUUAUAUCGAGAACUUUCUGAAGAAGCUGCACAAUAAGUGGAAUAGACUCUGCGAGUCUUACAUGAAUUUAACUCUGGUUAUUCCAGAAACCAGCGAUGAAAGUGACGACGAGGCAGUUUCUGAACCGUACCAGAAGCCUUUCAAACUGGCAGACUUCAAACAAGAAGAAGACAACGAUAAUCUGAGCAUCAGUACCGACACUGAUAGUUAUUUGGAGAAAGACGUCCUGCCCAAUCUGAAGAACGACAACAAUUUGGUAGAAAUUGAGUCUCGGCAGUCGAGCAAGCUUCAACAGAGCUACAGUUUGGAUGAAAGCCUUUUGAACAAGCAGAUGAAACCUAACGAUAAUAACUCUACUGACGAUGAAACUAACGAGCUGGCAGGGAAGUAUAACGGCAAGUUGGUCCACGAGAAAUACAAAUGCGAACUUGGUGCAAUUAAAUACGAUCAGAAUACUCUGCUGCAGAUGAGGAAGUCUACGAUUUCCAGUGACAACAUUCACACUUGUGACAAGAAGAGUGAGUUUUCCAAGCCGAGGAAUCCCACAGAUGAUAGUGUGACGAAGAAGGUGACAACGAAUACGAGAAGUAACCCUUUCAUGGUUCAUAAUAUCCCUCCCCCUCAACCCGUGCCGACUGAAAUUCAACAACAGAGGGCCAUGAGUAUAUUCAAGGAUUCUGAGGCGUAUAAAACUACCAGAAUUGAAACAAUGGAAGCUUGUUUGGAACUUUUGAGCAGUUUGUCUUCAGAGAAACUGUCUCCCUUAGCAGCUAUAUUGAAGCAAGGAGCUGUUUUGUUGAUAGGGGCGCAAGACGACAAAAUUAAAAAAUCGGCAGAAGGUCUUCUUCAGAGAAUGAAUAUAUCUUUCAUCGACCCAGACAACUUCUAAGCUUUCAUUCAAGAAGAAAUAAAUUCUUUGAAAUA